AUGGACAAAAUCAAAUUGUUUCUGGAGUGUUGCUCUGCGUUUUCAAUCUCUCGGCGCCGCCCCGUUGCACGACAGUCACGCCAUUUAGAGGACCAAACCACCGUCACUGCUCUGCGCAUGAUUGGUUCCGGCUUUUCCUUUCAAGAUGAGCAUCAGAUUUUAGUGAGCGUGCAAAAACCGCUCGGGCUAGUUUUGGAACAAGACCAAGGGGACGAUACGAAGGACGCAAUGAUUGUCGUAGCUGCCGAGACCGAUCCGAACGGUACCGGCGCCAUGGCCGGUGUUCAAGUCGGGGACGUACUAGUAGCAGUGCAAAACACAAGUGUGGAGGGCAGGCCACUGGAAGAAGUAUUGAGGAUAAUUGGAUCGGCACCCAACGUACUCAAUUUGCGCUUUCUUCGCCACCGAACGCGAGCGUAA